GGUGGCAUGACGUGGGAUUGCAUGCCAUGCUACAUCAGAGGAGGGGUGCUGACGACAUGAGCCGUGGAAGAAGUGUGACAGGAGCGGUGCUGGUGGGAACUCUUUGAGCUGAAGAGCCGAGCGUAGGAAUCCUCAUUCAUCACCCGCGGACGGUAGCGCACAGGCAGGCAUGUACCGCACGGACCUCCCCCUGCUCUUUGAAGCCUGCGCCUAUGACCCGAACAAAAACAACCCUGUUUAAAAACAUCUGACCGAUCGACAGCUCUUUUUGAGGAUUUGUUUUUUUUUUACACUUUUCAAACGAGAGGAUGAGAAAAGCGGAGGGAGCCGCAGUGCCGAGACAGGUGUAUAUUGCGCUGCUUGUAGCGUGCCAGUGUGUGUGUGUGCUGGGCUGUGGGCCCCACUAUGAGUAUGCUAUGGAGGAGUUCUGCCUGGCCCGGUUUAAACUGGACAUGCUGGAAGUGGAGCAGAGCCACUGGUGCCACUGGGAUGAAACACUGGAGGCUUACAGUGAGUUGACCAACUGCACCUUCUUGGUGGCGCUGAAGAUGGGGUGCUUCUGGCCCAACCGGCUGGUGGACGACUUUUUCAUCAGGGUCCACAGAGACUACUUCCACGACUGCUCGCUGUCGGGACGCAUGCUUAAGGACCCUCCCAACCGCAUCCUGGGACCCUUCAUCAUGGUCCCAGUGAUGGUCACCCUGCUCAUGACCGCCCUUGUGGUGUGGAGGAGUAAACGCAGUGAAGGGAUGGUCUAGGUGGACCAUGAAAGAAGGGUGUAAGGAGCUGGUGGGAAUGAAAUGAAGGCGAUGGAACAGGAAGAGGAUUUCAUCAGAAAGUGCAAGAGAGAGAAGAACAGCCAUGCCCUGUUUAAUCUAAACAAUGACAUAGGGCUGAUACUCCGUUACCCCGGCUGGCGAUCUUGUUUGUUUUUAUUUUUCCUUUCCAAGACCAAAGUUGUACCAUUGCAUCUCUUAGUCCCACACGAUGCCAUGCUACUACCUACUGUUCAGACCUCAGUAGGAAGAACAAAUGUUUAUUUUUGCUUGACCGGUUUUGGGUUUCAGCUUUCAAACGUAUAUCAUAUCAACGGUGGAAUGGUAUACGUUGGAAAAGAGCAAAACCUGCCGUGUUUAUAUGCAUAUAUAUAUUUUUGCAGCCCUACACCGCCAAUUUAAACAUGAUUGUAAGGAUGUUUACAUUUGAUGAUGUAAUUUAAUGUUUAAAGCUCAAAGAAUACAGCAUACAGGAAACAUAGUCCUGGCAUAAAUAUGGUUCACCAUUCACUGUAAUAUUUUAUGGUUAUCAACUUUCUUUUUCUCCUUAUUAUUAUUAUUAUUAUUAUUAUUAUUAUUAUUAUUAUUAUUAUUAUUAUUAUUAUUAUUAUUAUUAUUAUUGUAUUUCUAAUUGAGUACCAGGAAUGAACUGAUUGAAUGUGUUAACAAACACAUCUAAAAUGAAUGAGUUACAACUCUUGGUCGUCCUUUAAGUUAUCCCAGCCAAAUCCACCUGUGACAACAAACAUAUGACGUGGUCCGUUAGAGAUGGGGACGUUCACUACCAUGCCACAGCGGUUCGUUUUGAGACGGUGACUCCUGUGGCUUCUUCUACUCAUCACCUUGGCAUCGGGGGCUGUGCUUAUCUAGAAGUGUGUGACUAUUUUUAAUAAUAUUUUGCAAGAAAUUCCAAAAAAACAGGUGUGCCCAGAGUUGACAUUGAAGCGUCAGCUCUCUGCUUCAUGUUGACAGUCAAAGGUCGGCAUAGGUCACAGACUUUUAGCAGAAACCCCAGAGCAGAGUGGGAAACUGUGGGAGAGCAACAUUGGAGCAAGGGAAACAUUUAAUCUGCUUUGAAAGAAGACGCCGAAACUUCUAUCAAUGGAAAACCGUUGGAUAUCCAUACAGAAAAAUAUUUUAACACUUAUAAUGCCACAGUUCAGUGCAUGGACUUCAACCUUGUGUUAAUUAAACAAAAAUGUCUCCAGAUUAAAAGUUUCUGCAUUUUGAUCUACAGAAACUAUCGCUGAUGUUACAGUAUAUGUAACAUGUGUAUGUUAUAAUCAAAGCUGAUAGUUGAGCUAAAGCAGGUUGGAAAUGUCAUUUUGUGUUUGUUGGUUUUGAAAGAUGUUUUCAUGGCUCAUAAUAAACUUGCUGGAUUCAUUUACAUGACGUCCUU